AUGGCGCGACGGGCGCUCCCCGGCGGUGCCCCGGCGCUCGCGCUGGCCGCGCUGUGCCUCGCGCUGCGCGGCGCACUCGUCGGCGGGGAUUACGUGCAGCCCGCGGCAAACCCCGGCACGACGCCGCGGCAGAUCCAGGUCGAUCUCGACACCGGCAUCCCGCUCGUCCCGCCCGCGUUUCCGAGCUCGUUCGUCGCGGAGGUGGCGUGGACGGUGACGCGCGCCGAGGGCGACACCGACGCGGUGGCGUCCGAGCACGACGGCGAUCGCACGCUCGCGACGGUGUACCACGAGCGGAGGGUGCAGGCGGAGCGCAUCGACGUUCGAUCGCGCGACGGCACGCGCGUCGCCACCACCUUUCUCAUCCUCCACGGCAAGGGCGUCGCGUAUCGCGUCGACCAUCCCGGCGGCGACGACGACGAAGACGACGCGACGACGUGCGUGCACGCGCAGACCCCUGGUCCCGCGGUGCAGACGCGGCUCUCGCACGUCGCCGCGUCGUUCCGAGGCAAGGAGCGCGUGGACGACGACGGCCGCGACGGGACGCAGCGAUGGGCCGAGCGAUGGGACGGAACGGUGCCGGGCUACGGCACCAGGGAGACGGUCGUCGCGCAUCGCUCCACCGACGGGAAACACCACACGCCGAUCCGAUCGGUGUUCCACAGGACCGACGGCGGCGCGGUCAUCACCGUGGUCACGACGUACCUCGCGUGGAACCACUCAAACGUGUAUAACAAUAGGCGGAUGAAUUUGAAGUUGGACCCGACGCUGUUCCGACCGCCGCCUCGGAGAUGCGAGCCGGACGUCACCGGCGUCCUGAGCAAGUCGCUGGAGCACAGGAACACCCUACACUUCAACCCGCUCCACCACCCGCGCGUGGGUGGCGGGAAAAGGAGGGAGAGGGCGAACGAUUCUGGCGAUCGAAAGUCGAAUCACGUUCGGUCCAAUCCGAGCCCGAGCGGGUCUGGAAGUUUCCGGAGAGGGGACGGCGUCGCGCGGCGGCGGGUGGUGGCGAACAAGGACGGGAGUAAACCCGCGGCGCCGUGGGAGUCGCACGGGGUGGACCCGGAGGUGGCGGCGAAGGCGCACCUGGACGGCGUUCAAUACGAGUUGAACGCCGAUUCCGACUUUGUCGUCUCGUCGUCGACUCUCAAAGAUUCGUCGCGGAAGGGUCUCCGGAGCGGCGGCGAGUCGGUCGCGUACAACCGCGACAGGGGUUGGGUGGACGCCGGGAUCGUGGACGGGAUACCCGCGUCCAAGGACGACGGGAGCGGGCCGGCGCACGAGUACGCGCUGCUGGGAAGCGGGUCGGACGAACUGUGA